AUGCUUCUUUUGACACUUUUGCUGUUUGCACUCAAUGCACAUGGUCUCUACAUCAUGUCAAGCGAUUUAACAGUAGAAUUCCACGCAUCACUUGUUGAUAGGUGUUACAAAGGAAGACAACACUACUACAAGUACACACUCUCUCGUGACUGGAAGACUGCACACAAACACACAGGCGACUCAUGCACAACACUCACACACGACACUACACUGACAUCUGGCUUUAUUGUGAGAGAAAGAUUGCCAGUGUUCUCAACAUCAAAGACUUAUUACUACAACAGUGACAGAUGUCUUGCCGAACAUCUUGCACUCCCAGAAACACUGUACAUCCCAGUUGGUUGCAUCAAACACCACAGAGAGUCUUUCAGACAAGUCACCGAUGGUGUACACACCAUCAAAAGGUGGUACAACAACGAAAAAUGUGCUGGAACAUCAGCCAGAAGGGAAAAUUAUUUCCUCCAUCACUGCUACCAAGACAACUCUGGGUCGUCUUACAUCUACGAGCCAUUCACAUCAAUGGGACCAUCUAUUGCAUCCCAUGCUGGUGCAUCACCAUCCACAUCAACUGCUUCAUCUUAA